CCCAUCCUUCUUAUUAUGAGCUUACAAGGGAUCAGUAGGCCGUGUCACAUGAUGGAGUCGCCUUCAUCGUCCCCUACUCUACAAGAUCAUCUCUCCGUGACGACUGGUCCCUUGCAUCUCAAAGUAUGGGAGGUCGUGUGCAUUGCCCUGGGAGCAUUCAUGGUGGUUGUUUUUUUCCUAACAGUCUGGUUCACUAUCCGGAGUAGGAAGAGGAUCAGACGAGCAUCUGCAAAUAUCCCAGUCACCCAAAUCCCUGCCAUUUCCAAGGAAAUUAAGGAAGUCAGAGUGGAGCAAGUCCCAGCAAGUGACUUCGGGGCACACGACGGAGUCCUGCUAACAUUCCAAGAUAAGGCUGGUGACCGGGAAUCGGAUAAGGACAAGGUCAUGGUCCAUUUGGGUGUCAGCAAAUCAAGGCGUGGGGACGAGAGCAACUCGGGGUCAUUCCGUUACAUGGACAAGGAUGCAGGCUUCCAGUCAGCUGAAGAAGGAGGGUCAGGAACUUUUCGGCAAACUUCAGCUCAUGCAAUAACCGCUCCUUCACCUUUGGUUGGCAUGCCGGAGUUCUCGUACCUUGGCUGGGGUCAUUGGUUUACUUUGCGGGAUUUGGAACUUGCUACUAACCGUUUCUCAAAGGAUAACAUUAUUGGUGAGGGUGGAUAUGGUAUAGUUUAUCGUGGCGAGAUUGUCAAUGGCACUCCUGUUGCUGUCAAGAAGCUUCUCAAUAACCUAGGGCAAGCUGAGAAAGAAUUCAGAGUAGAAGUUGAAGCUAUUGGUCAUGUUCGCCACAAGAACUUGGUCCGUCUUCUUGGUUACUGUGUGGAGGGUACUCAGAGGAUACUUGUCUACGAGUAUGUAAACAAUGGAAACCUAGAGCAAUGGCUCCACGGAGGUAUGAGUCACCGUGGCUCCCUUACAUGGGAGGCCCGCAUAAAGAUUCUUCUGGGGACAGCUAAAGCACUUGCUUACUUGCAUGAAGCAAUUGAACCAAAAGUUGUACACCGUGAUAUCAAAUCCAGCAAUAUUUUGAUUGAUGAUGAUUUUGAUGCGAAAGUAUCAGAUUUUGGUUUAGCCAAGCUUCUUGGUGCUGGCAAGAGUCACGUCACUACUCGGGUUAUGGGAACCUUUGGCUAUGUAGCACCAGAAUACGCAAACACUGGACUCUUGAAUGAGAAAAGUGACAUUUACAGCUUUGGAGUUGUUCUCCUAGAGGCAAUUACAGGAAGGGAUCCUGUUGACUAUGGCCGCCCAGCAAAUGAGGUAAAUCUGGUUGACUGGCUAAAAAUGAUGGUUGCCAGCAGGCGUUCAGAUGAAGUGGUGGAUCCCACCAUAGAGACACGGCCUUCGACAAGAUCUCUCAAGCGUGCACUUUUAACAGCCCUGAGGUGUGUUGAUCCGGAUUCAGAAAAGAGACCGAAGAUGGGUCAAGUUGUGCGGAUGCUGGAGUCGGAUGACCCAAUUCCUCGUGGGGACAGAAGAUCUAGGCACAACCGUGGAGGCAGCACUGAAAUGGAUUCCCAAAGGGACAACUCCGACACAGAUAAGAGCGACAACCCGGAUUCCAAACCGAGCAGGAGCAGAGCCUCGUCUUCCAAAUAAGCAUUCCAUCCUAUCACAUUUCUUUGCAGGCAGACAGGCCAGCUUACCACUAUUAAACAUUGCUGACGAUUUGGUGACGAAGAAGACGCUGGAGUAACAAUUUGUGUACUAUGAUUUAUUUGUAGAAAGGGUGUUCUUGGUUUCUGCUUAACAAUUUAUUUCUACUUACACCAGUGGUCCUGACAAUUUGCUGCUGUAAGUUGUUAACAGUGUGUACAGUUGUAGUAGUAGCUUCAUGAAUAUACUGGCUGAACCGAAUAUCUGUGAAUGAGAGUUUUUCAAUGCAAAUCCCCAGUCCCCAGCC